AUGAGGACAUGCUUGAGCUGCCUUCUCUGCGACAAUCUCCUCCGUGACGCCACCACUAUCUCCGAAUGCCUUCACACGUUUUGUAGGAAAUGCAUCUAUGAGAAAAUCACAAAGGAUAAGAUUGAGUGUUGUCCGGUACCUCGGUGUCACCCCAUUGAAGAUGCUGAGGUGAAAGCGCCAGGUUCCAUCUCUAUUCCAGUGUACUCCGGCAUGGAAGAAUAUGCCUCGGAACACGCUUUAUCUUCGUUCAUCAAAGAAUUCUCCGGGGUCGAUUGGGUCACCGCGGAGGAACUUAGGACGAAGGAGAAAGAAUUGGAGAUAUUGCGGAUGCUGGUGCAGGCCAAGUCAGAAGAGGUUGCUGGGCUAAAGAGGCUGGAUAUGGUCAUAGCGGAGGAGGAACUUAGGAAUAAGGAGACAGAAUCGGAGAUACUCCAGAUGCUGGCGCAAGCCAAGUCAGAAGAGGCUGCUGAGCUAAAAGUGAGGUUGGAUCGGGUCACUUCCCACUCGGUGGCACAGUCCGAACAGUGGUUCUCUUUGGAGGAUCACCAAAAGCUGGCCCUGGAAAAAGAACAGCUCAAGAAGGACAUGGGUCUGAUGGAGUCAACCGCAAGGAUGGUGACGGCAUAUCAAAUGUGUCUUCAGUGGGAGAAGAAGGGUGGUCUUGAUCGAGAAUUAGCUGUGAUGGCUAAGCAGUACUGGCAGUAUAGGGACUAUGUGGAGAAGCAGGGGAAGUCCGACCAUUUCCCUUCCUUGGAGAAGUACCAAAAGGAGUGGGAGGAUGAUGAAGUUCAUGCCUCCCCUAAAACGUUAGGGACAUGUUCCUUUGCCUGUUAA